AUGAAAAUACGUCGUCGAUGUCGAGGAUGUUGCAAAGAAUGUGGAUAUAUUACUGCGCUGAUGCUUUGUGCCGGUUUUUUGAUUGUCAUUCUGUUGUUGACAUUCUCCAAGACCCCAGUUGACUCAUUGGACGAAUUGGCUACAGAUGAUUUGCCCGAUGAAUCGAAAUCUGUAUUCGUCGUUGACGAAGAUGAUCUCAACGAUGCGAAGAUUACAAUCGCUCCAAAUAUUCAACUGUUACGCAGCGACUAUUUCAAUCUGACUCAUUUGACUUGUCGCUAUCCUAAAUUAACAAUCGACAAUCCAGAAAUUUGGAAACAUCUCAAACCAGUAAAAGAAAAAAAGCCUGCCUGUGAUAAAGUUCAAAAUUGGGUGUAUGUUGACAACGGCACCUUUCGGAUAUCAGAAACAGCACUACAAACAUAUGGACCAAUUACGUGUGCCUAUCAUCCUAUUCUGCGAGCGAAAGACGAUUUCUCAGCAGCUGAAGGUACUCGAGUAUCUCCUGUCGCUGACAGGAUGCCUCUCGUAUCUGAUUUCUUUCGUGCUGACUGUGAAGGAAAACGCGGUAGUACCUAUUCGAAUGUACAUAUGGGAAUCAGAUUUGAUCCGAUAUUACACACACGAAGUAUACAAAAACCGAUGGUGAAGAAUCAUCUCGGAUAUAAUAUUCUAAUGUUUGGUUUCGAUUCAGUAUCCCGUAUGACUUUCAUGCGUUUCUUACCGAAAACCUACUCGUUUCUCAUCAAAGAACUCGGCGCUGUUGUUAUGAAAGGAUACAAUAUUGUUGGCGAUGGUACACCAGCAGCACUUCUUCCCAUUCUGACCGGACAAACUGAACAAGAAUUACCGGAAUCAAGAAGAGGUCAUGCAGGAGCUGAAACUGUUGAUCAAUUCCCUUGGAUCUGGAAUAAAUUAAAAGAUAAUGGUUAUGUGACUCAAUGGGCCGAAGAUAUGCAGGGCGUCGGUACAUUUCAAUAUCGUCUGAAAGGCUUUAAGGAUCCACCAGUUGACCAUUUUGGCCGUCCAUUCUAUCUAUACGCUGAACCGAAGAAGUCGCCAAGACCACUAUGCUUUGGUUCUAUCACACGUCUAAAAGCGAUGUUCAAUUGGAUCCGUGAUUUCUUCGGCAUGUAUCCUGAUCAACCGAAAUUUUCUUAUCUUUUUCAUUCUUAUUAUUCUCACGAUUCCAAUAAUCAUUUACCUCUUGCCGAUCAUGAGCUCUUGGGCUUUCUUAAAAUGAUGAAUACACAUGGUUAUCUUAAUCGCACGAUGCUCAUUAUUAUGACUGAUCAUGGUGCUCGUUUUUCAUCCUUACGAAGUACAUAUCAGGGUAAACUAGAGGAACGUUUACCGUUCAUGUCUAUUCGAAUGCCACCUGAAUUUCAAGAUCAAUAUCCAGCGAUCAUGGAAAAUCUUCGUUUGAACUCGCGUCGAUUGACGACACCGUUUGAUAUUCACGAAACGUUCGAACAUCUUUUCGAAUUCCAUUCGCCUGAUCCCUAUCAAUCUAAAUCGAAUCGUUCUGUCAGCUUAUUUGAACUGGUACCCGAGAAUCGAACUUGCACACAAGCCGAUGUCGAACAACAUUGGUGUGCUUGCCUAAGCUGGCAUAACAUAUCGAUCGAUGAGCCAAUUAUUCAACAGUUUAGUCAAGCUGUUAUCGACUUCCUGAACAAGUUCGUGUCAGAUCACAAAGAUGAGUGUACUACACUCUCUUUACUGCAAGUUAAUAAAGCAAACCUGUUAGAUAAUAACGAACAUCUAUUGAACUUUGUGCAGACAAGCGACAAGGAUGGUCGAGUUCCGCAAUUUCGUAAGGGUUCAUCAAAAUCGUCAAAUAGAACGAGAUUUUAUCAGAUUCAGCUAGAAACGAAACCUGGUGGAGCACAAUUCGAAGUGACAGCCGAAUACGAUCCUCAACGAAACACAUUUGACAUUCAAAAACGUCAUCUCAGUCGUAUGAAUAAGUAUGGUACAACGUCUGCUUGCAUUGCUUGGAAGCGACCGGAAUUUCGAGAAAUCUGUUAUUGUUCAAAUUUGUUGACUUAA